CUCACUCUAUCGCCGCACCCAAAACACCUUGUUUUGUGUUGUGUCUUUCUUUCGUUCUUCUCUCAACAAUGGAUUUCCACACCCUCUCAAGGAAGCAGCUCCAGGCCCUCUGCAAGAAGAACAAGAUUCCCGCUAACAUCACCAACGUUGCCAUGGCUGACGCUCUCGCUGCUCUCAACCAAGUUGAAGGAUUGGAUGAUUUUUUUAAUCCAAGUGAGGGUGAUGUUGGAACCCCAAGUGUUAAUCACCGUACGGUUGUCAGAACCUCAACUCAAAGGAAAGCAGCGAUAGAAGAAGCAGAAGGUUUGAAGGUGAAGACCUCGACCCGGCGGGUUAGAGUUGCAGAAGAAGUAGUUGAGCAGGAGAACAAGGAUGCCAAUGCCCCACCAAUCACUCCUGCUGCCAGUAGGAGAAGGGCUACUGCGGUUUCUACUCGCAGAAAGAAAGAAGUUGAGAUGGUAGAAGAAGAUGCUGGUGUUCAAGGAAACCCUAAAACACCUGCUGCAGUAGCUCCCGUGAGUAGGAGAAGAGCUACUAGCCGUUCAGUUUGCACCACCAAGAUUGAGACCCCCGGUGCCCAUGGUACUUCAGUGUAUAACACGAGGAGAUCCGUUAGAUUGUUGGAGAAGGACUUGUCUAAGAUGAGCUUGCUCGACACUGAAGACACUACUGGACUUGUCAAGAUUGAUGGUGAUGUUUCUCAAGAUUCGAGUAAUGUCUCUCACCAACUAGAAGAAGACUCGUCUGGUAAUGAAAAGGGGGAUAGUUUGCAGAUGGAAUCAACUGUGGUUUCGGGGGAUACUCGGGAGUUGGAAGUUUGCUCUCUUGAGAAAAACACUGAAUAUGAAUGCCAAUCACGUGAUUUAGAUUCAGAUGUGAAAUUAGUUUCUGUGACAGAAAUAGAUAUGCUGGUUGAGCCACAUGGUCCUAAUGAAGCUGGAUCGGAGAAAGUUAAUUGCUUGGAGUUGGAGGCUGAACCAAAUGCUUCGGAUGAAGCAGGAUCUGAGUCCUUACCUGUACUUGAGGAAUCCUAUGAUUCUUCUGAGCUGGAAACUCAAAAUAAUUUUCCUUUGGAGGCAUCCGAAGAUGCUUUUCCGGAGGUUACUAUCGGCCAAGAUAUUGCUGCUGUGACUGUUGUGGUACCUGAUGACGUUUCAGAGGAUGUUACUCAUCAAAAGGUUGCUGCCUCGCUUCCUAUGCAAUCUGAGUGCAUUGUGGAUGAUAAAGUCAGCUACGAGGGUGAUGUUAAAGAAGACAAGAACAAUGAGCCACGAGAAGAGGAUGAACCAUAUGAUUCAAAUUUGAAACUGGAAGGAAGUAUCGACACAUGUGACAAAUCUGAUGAUGCAGAUGCUCCUAUGGAGGUUGCCCACCAAGAUACUGUUGUGGUGGCUGAUGAUGUUUUUGAUCAAGAUGUUGCUGGCACCCUUCCUAUGUCACCUGUUAAUGAUGCUCUAAAGGAAUUUGUUGAGUGCAACACUGAUGAUGAUCAAGGCAUCAAUAAGGGUGAUGACAACCAAGAUAUGAACAGUGAAACUGAAAAUUUGAAUCUGGCUGAUGGCAACAUGGCACAUGAAGAUUACCAGCAUCCUUUUAAUGAUGAUGAAAAAUCUGCUGAUGAACGUGACUCUAUGACAGGUUCUGAAGGGGGUUUUGUUGAGCUCGAGUCAAUUUCUCAUUCUGCUGCUAUCGAGGUCUGCACUGAAUCUUCAUUGCCAGAUGUAGAAGCAGAGGAGAAUACUUCGGAAAACUUGGAAGCUGAAGAAUCUGAGGAACCUGUAGCUGGAGAGGAUGUUAUGUUGGAAGCUGGUGAUGCAUUUUCUAGUCCUCGAAUCCCUCUUGUUCAUCAGCAGGUUUCAGUUGAAUCUAUUGGAAAUUACAUAGUUUCCUGUCCUUUAGAUGUUGAGCUGAGUUGCAAGUCCAACACAAUGGUGGAUGGUGAUGUUGUUUCAGAAGAUAAUGCCAUUACAAACAAGGAGGAACCUCGUCUCUCUAUGGAUUCUAUCACAGAAAAUUCAAUCCAGGAGCAGUUGAAGGUAGAUGUGCACAACACUAAAAUGAUGAAGGAAAACGUGACCUCUGACGAUCUAAAUAAUAAGAGUCUUGGGGAGCUGAAGAGGAUGCUGAGGCAGUUAACGCUAAAUGAAAAACCAAAAUCCAAGACUAAUGAUGUCAAGGAUGUGGAGAAGAAAAGGACUGCACUGCAGGUAUUGCCACAGAAUCAGAUUGAUGGCUGAAUGAAUAGUUAUGGAAUAAACUUGGAAAUUUGGCACUCUAAAUAAAUCUUUUGGUUGUUUACUGGAUGUAGGUGUAAGGUCCAAACCCCUAUAUUUUUUGUCUUCAGUUACUUUGCAAAUUUUUAUUGUAAUACUUGUCGCAAGAAACUCAUCGUUUUUAUAAAUUUUUUCCCCGAUGCAUCAAUUUCAGUUGUGUUUUUGGAUCCUUGAAAUGCAUCUUAUAAUUUUUUUCCCUGAAUGGAAUUACUGAGACGGGGAUGCCAUGCUACAGUUAAUACCAAA